AUGCCAACAAAGCCAUCUUGGAAGCACAACAGUUUGCUUAUUCUCUUUACAUUCUUCUCUUGUUCUUUCUCAUACACAUUCACCAUAAUCAACAACUGCCCCCAUACUAUAUGGCCUGGUACUCUUGCAGGUUCAGGGAGUCCUCGGCUUUCGACGACCGGAUUCCAGUUGGACACGGCCCAAAGCAUCAAACUUACAACUGUUCCAGGAUGGUCAGGACGGAUAUGGGCAAGAACAGGUUGCAAAUUUGAUGCAACAGGAAUUGGCAAAUGCCAAACAGGUGACUGUGGGGGAAGGCUGGAAUGUGAUGGGAAUGGUGCUGCUCCUCCUACCUCACUGUUUGAGAUAACGCUUGGUGCAGGCAAUGGACAAGACUACUACGACGUCAGCAUGGUAGAUGGCUACAAUUUGCCAUUACUUGCUAUGCCACGAGGUGUAUAUGGUGGUGCCUGCAAUGCCACAGGUUGUGUUGUUGAUAUCAACAAAGGUUGCCCAAAAGAACUACAAGUAGUAGGAGAAGAUCGAUACCAAGGUGUAGUUGGGUGUAGGAGUGCUUGCGAAGCAUUCAAGUUGGACAAGUAUUGCUGCAGUGGAGAAUUUGCCAAUCCAAAUACAUGCCAGCCUUCCUAUUAUUCAACUAUUUUCAAGAAGGCCUGUCCAAGAGCUUAUAGCUAUGCAUUUGAUGAUGGCACCAGCACUUUCACUUGUAAAGCUUAUGAAUAUGACAUUGUUUUCUGUCCCUACAGCAAUAGGAUGAAAAAACCAAAUAUUGCAUCUCCUCCUCCACCGAGUAAACAGCCCUAUCGGAAGCAUCAGCAGGUCACUUCAUCAUCAAGCAUUCUAUUACCCUUUCCAGAGCUAAUUUUUCUCUCGGUUUCUAGUCUUACUUUCUUGGCAUUUCCAAAACACGGCCAGUGA